CAAAACCCGAUGAUUGACAUAAUAUUUACCAGAGAGAAAAAAAGAAUCAAAGAAUUGCGUGUGUUUCAUCACGUUUUUUAUGUUUAAAAAAAUCGAAUACAAAAGUGAAAUAUCGACAAAAUGCGUACAUUUAGUGAAACUGCAACUGGUGUACCAGCUUUUCUAGCCAAAUUAUGGCGACUUGUCGAGGAUCCAGACACAAAUCUAAUUUAUUGGCAAUCUGAUGGUCGAAGCUUCAUCAUACAGAAUCAGGCUCAAUUCGCUAGAGAACUUCUUCCACAGAAUUACAAGCACAACAAUAUGGCCAGUUUUAUCCGGCAACUUAACAUGUAUGGUUUUCAUAAAAUUGCUUCAAUUGAUAACGGUGGCCUCAAAUUCGACAAAGAUGAAAUGGAGUUUUCCCAUCCAUGCUUUCAACGUGAUAAUCCUUACCUACUGGAGCACAUUAAGCGAAAAAUUGCGACCACAAAGCAAGCACCGGAAGACAAAGCAGCUAUCAAACCCGAAAUAGUCAAUAAAGUUAUGAGUGAAGUGAAAGUUGUACGUGGUCGACAGGAUACACUAGAUUCACGAUUCUCAGCAAUGAAACAGGAAAACGAAGCUUUGUGGCGUGAGAUUGCCGUUCUGCGACAGAAGCACAUGAAGCAGCAGCAAAUCGUUAACAAAUUAAUUCAAUUUUUGGUAACAUUGGUGCAACCGUCAGCUCGUGGCGGAGCCGGAAUGAAUGCAAUGAAUGGUGUAAAGCGACGGUUCCAAUUGAUGAUCAAUGACGUGCCUGAUGCGACAAAAAAGCGUAAACAUAGUCAAGAUUCCGGGCCGGUCAUUCAUGAGCUCACCGAAGAUUUACUAGAUGACUGCAACUAUGACUAUGAUACGCCAAUUGAUUCUCCGACCAUACUAUCGCCGAAGGCUUUAUCAACAACACAAGAUGGAGAUGAGGUGUCUAGUCCAACAAAUUUUAGAGUAGAAAGGAUGGCAGACUUAAUUAAUCAUUCAAACGCAAACGCUGACGACGAUACAAACGAUGAUGAAGUUAUUGUACCAGAAGACGGCGUCAGCUACAUCAUCGAUGAACACCCAAAAAAUUACGAGUGGAUGAACUCCAAUAGUGCAACGGGAAACGGUACCAAUCAAAUUAAAGCCGAACCGGUUCAGGAAUACGUGAUUUCCUACGUAAAGCCAGGAACACAAGGUAAAACCAAAAUCGAAACAAAAGUUGCAGCAAAACCGUUUGUAGCGCCAAAGUCACAAUCGCCCGGAACAAGUUUAUUGAAUCAACAGCAGACUACGAAAAAACGGCCCCAGUUACUGUUAAAGAUGAACAAACCGAUUCGCAAUGAUGGAAAAGUGAUUCAAUCGGUUGUGGGACCCAGCAAAGUUGUUGUCACGAAAAAGCCAACCACCGUUACUACUGCUACUACCAACCGAAACGAGAAUGUUAGAAAGGCGGCUUCAAAGUCUUACACGAACCAAAGUGACUUCAAUGACUCGGACAUGCCGCACGAUUUAUUUGAAUCGACGGAUGAAACAAUAUCGCCGAUGUUAAAUAGUGAUAUCAAUGUGGCAUCAGGCUCGUACAAUGCUACUCUAUCAGAUGACUACUCAAAGAAACUGAUGCCGACAAGUUCGAAAAAUUUGGCAAUUGCAAAGUAUAACAACAAACAAGAUGGUGAAGAAAUUCAAUUGAACACGCCGGAAGAUGUUAAUAUGCAACUGGAGAACAUACAAGGAGAUUUGGAUUCUUUGAAAGAGCUAUUCCAAGCUGAUACUGACUAUUCAUUGGAUGCCAACGCAUUAUUCGGGAAUCCAUCGGGAUCAACAUCAUCAACAAAAAAUCGUUUACUGUUAUCACCAUCCGUUGAUAGUGAAUUAUUUUCGAAGAUAUUCGGUGAUCUGGACGCACCAUUUGGACUAUCUUUGAAUCCUGAUUUUCCCAUGGAUAAACGUGACGAUGCUGGUACUUCUGGAUCUGAAUUGAUCAACUAUCAACCAUAUAAUUCCUUAGAUCUGUCGGAAAUUAUGGAUCCGGAUUCAGCGCUGGCAGGCAUUGAGGAUAAACAAAAUGAAAAUGCCGAUGAUGAUUCAUUAUUAAAUGCACCAGAACUGAAUACGCCACGAAUCGAUAAAAAGACUAUUUCAUUCAACACAAAAUAAUAAUUCGAAGCAAUUUAAUUGUCCAGAUUUUUCUUUUUGUUUACAACCACAAUUUAACCACAGAAUUUAACUUUCAUUUAACAUUUCAAAUACUUAAUUUAAUGUUUUCUUUAAAAAAAAAACGGUCACCCUGUGCUCAGCACAUAAUGU